UUCACCUCCGGCGGAGAGGGCGGUGGGAGGGCAGCCUCGCACUCCCGGCCUGAACGCGGAUGAUGGAUAUGUAGAUGUUGACAUUAAAAUGCUAACUUUUCAUCUGCCUUUGCUGAUUGCGUUGACGUAGGCUCUGUUUGCAGAAUUUCUGCUCACAUUGGGCUUUGGAACGUCAGAAAUGAGACCUGCCUGUUGGGAUGGUGCGCACUUGCAUCCUGAUAGGUAUUUUAGGUGUUUUCUUUGAAUGUGAGCGGAAGACUUGCUGGAAUGCUGUUAACACUCGUUAUAGUUGAAUAGAAGGGUAAUGGCAGCCUGUGGGAGGGAGGGUAGCGGACUUCCCCUGCCGGGAGCGGGGCGGAACACCGGGUGUCCUGCAGUCAGUAGGACUGGGAGUCGGGUCCCCGUGAGGCCGCAUGUAACUUGCAGGGCUUGUGAAAAGUUCAGGUUCAUCUUCGGCCGGAGGUAAGGAAUAUGCGUGUGUUUUAAGUGCCCAGAACGAACGCUGGAGAGCUGGCGGCCGGUGGGCGGACUUGGAUAUUUCGGUGGAAGUUGGUGGUCUUUCGGGGUGGAAGUGACGGGUCUGCGUGUAGAAGGGGACGUGGUGCUGCUCUGGACGAUUGACAAGAGUGGGGGAGACCUGCUGAGUUGUCUGACCGAGAGGUGCAUUUAGGGUUAGGCGUUGAUUGGUUGUGGGCGGUGAGGCGGAGUUGUGGUAAGAUCCUUACCUGGACAGUGGCGAGAUCGCGGGGCGCCUUCUACACCCAGGUUCGCGAUCGGCCCUUGGUGAGUUUAUGGGUGUGGUCCCUUUGAGGGGCCGCGUUCCCAGCGUUCUGCGGGUCGGCCACGCAGGCUGUCACACCCGUGUUAGGGCUCUGUGUUACGCGGGAGCACCCCGAAGGCUCGUGGCUUGCUGAAGGCGCAGGCCUGGGCGCCGCGUGGAUGCCACAAGGAUUGUGUAUUCUUUAAGGUGCUGGGAACAGAAGUCCUGUAUUCCAGUGGUCGGGACACUUCAUGACGUUUUUGGAGUCUUGAGUGCUGUUCUUGUGUUAACUCAUUCAUGCUCACGAACUGCUUGCCGCAGCAGCUUGUUCUCCCCUGUUUUACAGGUAGGCACCGAGGCCCGGGAGUAAGUGACUUGCCAGAGAUAACACAGCUUGUAAGUUGUGGGACUGAUUUGAACCCAGGAAGGACAGUUCCAGAAUCUUUGCUGGAAAAAAUUCAAAAAUGUUUCAAAUUCCUGUGGAAAAUCUUGACAACAUCAGGAAGGUACGAAAAAAGGUGAAAGGCAUUCUUGUGGAUAUUGGGCUUGACAGCUGCAAGGAGUUGCUGAAGGACCUUAAAGGCUUUGAUCCAGGAGAGAAGUACUUUUUUAACACAUCAUGGGGAGAUAUUUCUCUCUGGGAACCUUCUGGAAAGAAAGUGAGAUACCGAACAAAGCCGUACUGCUGUAGCCUCUGUAGAUACUCUACAAAAGUGCUGACUUCAUUCAAAAAUCAUUUACAUCGUUACCAUGAAGAUGAAAUUGAUCAGGAGCUGGUGAUCCCUUGCCCAAACUGUGUGUUUUCUUCUCAACCCAAAAUUGUGGGAAGGCACUUCAGAAUGUUCCAUGCACCUGUUCGGAAAGUCCAGAACUACACAGUGAAUAUUUUAGGUGAAACUAAAUCUUCGAGGAGUGAUGUAAUAAGUUUUACAUGUUUAAAAUGUAACUUUUCAAACACUUUGUACUACAGCAUGAAGAAGCAUGUGCUGGUAGCCCAUUUUCACUACUUAAUUAACUCCUACUUUGGCCUGCGAACUGAGGAAGUGGGUGAGCAACCAAAAACCGAGGAUAGCCUUUCUACUGAGAAGAUGCCACCGUCUGACAAGUAUUAUUGUAAAAAAUGCAGCGCCAAUGCCAGCAGCCAGGAUGCUCUAAUGUAUCAUAUUUUGACGUCAGACAUACACAGGGAUUUGGAGAAUAAACUUAGAUCCGUGAUUUCAGAACAUAUUAAGAAGCCUGGACUUCUGAAGCAAAUGCAUAUUGCCCCAAAGCCAGUGGCACCUUUGGCUGUACCCCCGAACAGCAGCGCCCCCGGCCUCGCGGCCACACCCCCUUGUUUUCGUCUUGCCUUGCCACAGAACAGCCAGAGCCAGGCCCUGGUCCCACCAGCGACCGUGGCCUCGGGCACUUCUGGGAGCCUCACCCGUUCUCCGCCUGCCGUGGCGCAGUCCCACGUGACUCUGGUCUCCAGUCCUCUGCCUCCCUCCGCUCCCCAGCCAGUCUUUCUUUCUCACGGAGUCCCACUUACCCAGUCAGCAAACCCUCCUGUGUUGCCCUUGAGUCAGCCAGUUGGACCUAUAAAUAAAUCUGUUGGAACUGGCGUCCUCCCCAUAAACCAGACCAUCCGCCCCGGGGCUUUACCCCUCAGCCAGCCUGUGGGGCCUGGAGUUCUUUCUGUCAGCAGACCUGCUGGGCCUGGCGUCCUUCCUGUCAGUCCAUCUGUCACCCCCGGGGUUCUUCAGGCUGUCUCACCAGGGGUGAUUUCUGUGAGUCGGACAGUCCCGUCAGGGGUCCUUCCUGCAGGCCAGAUGACCCCUGCUGGGGUUAUCCCUUCGGGACAGACAGCCACUUCUGGGGUUCUUCCUGCUGGCCAGGUGGUCCAGUCAGGGGUUCUCCCCAUUGGCCAGACGGCCCCGUCAGGGGUUCUCCCUGCUGGGCUGACGGUCCCGCCACGGGUUCUCCCUCCUGGCCAGACAGUCCCACUGAGAGUGCUGCCUGCCGGCCAGGUGGUCCCCCCUGGGCUCCUUUCCCCAACCCAGACAGUCUCGUCAGGCGUUCUGCCUGUGAACCAGGGUAUCAAUUCUGGUGUUCUUCAGCUUAGUCAGCCUGUCAUGUCAGGGGUGCUCCCUGUGGGCCAGCCAGUGAGACCUGGGGUUCUACAACUUAACCAGUCUGUGAGCACCAGCAUUCUGCCUGCAAAUCAGCCAGUGAGACCUGGUGCUUCUCAAAACACCACGUUCCUCACAUCAGGCUCUAUUCUCAGACAGCUCAUUCCUACAGGGAAACAGGUGAAUGGAAUUCCCACAUACACACUUGCCCCCGUGUCUGUCACUCUGCCUGUGCCUCCAGGAGGUGUUGCUACUGUCCCUCCGCCCCAGAUGCCCAUCCAGCUGCUGCAGUCGGGCACAGCUGCCCAGGUGGCCAGCUCCAUGGCCAGCAUGCCGUCUCCUCCAGUGGUGGUAAACGCCACUCAGAGUAUGUUUGUUCAGGCCUCUCCAUCCGCGGCAGAAGCGAACCAGGCGCUCAAACAGGCGAAGCAGUGGAAAACCUGUCCAGUUUGCAACGAGCUCUUCCCUUCCAACGUCUACCAGGUUCACAUGGAAGUGGCUCACAAGCACAGUGAAGCCGGGUCUGCUGAGAAACCGGAGCCUGAGAAGCUGGCUGCAUGUGCACCAUUCUUAAAGUGGAUGCGAGAGAAGACAGUUCGGUGUCUCUCCUGUAGAUGCUUGGUGUCCGAGGAGGAGCUUAUCCAUCACUUGCUCAUGCACGGCCUGGGGUGCGUGUUCUGUCCGUGCACUUUCCAUGACAUCAGAGGUCUUUCAGAGCACAGUAGGACUGUGCACCGAGGGAAGAAGAAACUACCUGUGGAUUACAGUAACAAAGGCUUUCAGUUGGAUCUCGAUGCUAAUGGCAACCUGAUGUUUCCCCAUCUUGAUUUCAUUACCAUAUUGCCAAAGGAAGAGCUUGGGGAGCGGGAGGUCUACUUGGCAAUCCUGGCUGGGAUACACUCCAAGUCACUCGUGCCCGUGUACAUUAAGGUGAGGCCGCAGAUAGAAGGUGCCUCUGGGAGCCCCAGCAAACAAGCACUGACUUGCCCCUUUUGCUUUGGCACCUUUGUGACGACUGAGGCGUAUGAGUUGCAUUUGAAGGAGAGGCACCACAUCACACCAACUGUCCACACAAUUCUGAAAUCUCCUGCGUUCAAGUGCAUCCACUGCUGUGGGGUCUACACUGGCAACAUGACCCUGGCAGCCAUUGCCAUCCACCUGCUGCGCUGCAGAAGUGCCCCAAAGGACAGCAGCUCCGACCUCCAGAUCCAGCCAAACUUGAUCGAGAACAGCGAAGUGCUCUUAGUGAACGGUGAGGUGCUCCAUGACUCCAGCUUUUCUGUGAAGAGAAAGCUGCCCGAUGGCCACUUGGGGGCAGAAGACCAGAGGGACGUGGAGGAGCGACCUCUUGUCAUCAGCAGCGAUGCAGCCCCGGCUCCCGAAAAGGUGGCGAGUGUGGUGCCUUUGAAAAGACAAAGGAAUGAAAUCAGGACAGAGGGGUCGCUUGUUAAUGAUGAUGCUCUUCAGAUUUUAGCAUUAAACCCUAAAAAAUAUGAAGACCGUUCUUAUGAAGAAAAAAAGCAAUUUCUUAGAGAUUAUUUCCACAAGAGACCAUAUCCUAGUAAAAAGGAAAUAGAACUUCUUUCAUCCCUCUUGUGGGUGUGGAAAAUCGACGUGGCUUCAUUUUUUGGAAAAAGAAGAUAUAUUUGCAUGAAAGCAAUAAAAAAUCAUAAGCCUUCGGUACUUUUAGGCUUUGAUAUGUCUGAACUUAAAAAUGUUAAACACAGGUUGAACUUUGAGUAUGAGCCACAAAACUUGUAAAAAAACAAAUUAGGAAAUCUAAAGUACUAGAUAAUUAGUGGUUUUUUCCAAUUGAGAUUUAAAAAAAUGUUAUUUUCUUCACUGUAUGUUGAACUAAUCAAUUUCAGUGGUCUUUAUGCUGCUCUUUAGAUUUAUUUCAGGUGCUCAGAAAGACUUCUAUAUAAAAGAAGCGAAUAGUUCUCUCAAGUUUAUUGUUUCCUGCAGUUUGAUUUUGUGAGAAGUAUUUUAGUUCUUCCCUGUCAUGUAAAUUAAAUCCUUGGAUCUUUCAUGCACGUCUUGUUUCCCAGUAGUGUCAGUACGGUAGGAUGAAAACUGAAAUCUAUAUGUUUGUGUUUUCGUUUAAGGAAAUUUCAGCUUGUGUCAGAAUACUUGAUUAACUGCAUUGAGCUUCCUCAGUUAGCUUCACGUGUAGCAGCAAAUGGUAAGCGUUAGUGCUGAGAGAAGUGAGUACACACCCCGCUGAUGUGUGUGGUUCCCUGAGGACGCACUGCAUUAACUUAGGCUGGUUUCUUCUUCGCAAGGUACUUGCUUACUAGAUUAUGAUUUUGAUCUACAUUUCUUCAAGUUUGUCCUAGCAGCAGUUGUCUUAUUAUAAAUUCUAGAAAACCAAAUGUUUUCCUUUGUUAAAAUUACACUGAAUCUGAAGCCCGCUAUUUAGCUCAUAAGAGUUAUUUUACAAAUACAGCAAUUUGGUAGGUGCAGAAAUACUUCUCAGUGUAGACUUCUCCCCUUUUUGAUACGGUUGUAAGUCAUUUCUCCAUUCAAAAGUAAGACAAUAAAUUUUUAGUGCCUUUAGAAUAAAUGCUGAACACACACACAAACUCCUAACCUAGCUGUUGAUAAACCAGUGAAAGGGAAGGACCAUGUUACUCAGGAAUACAAUUUUUACCCCUGAGUGUGGAUACUAACUGAAAUGUAGACAUAGGUUUUCAGGGGACAAAGUGAAAUGAGUAGAGCAAGAGCCGUCUCCACGUUGGUGUAUUAAACCUUUGACAGUUUUCCUAGAGGGGAACAUGUUUGUUCUGGAGAAAUGGGCCCAGUUGUCUGGGUUAAUGGGAUGCUGUAUUGCUAAAGAACUCCACUGUAUUCCUGUCCUUUGUACAGUUAAACCUCUGGGGUUCCCCCCGCCCACACACAGAAUAACUCAAAGCACCAGAAUCAGCAAUGGAGACCAGUCACUUUAGACCUUAAGUCCUAUUCCUGGUGACAUAUGGCAGAGGCAGCUGUCCAGCACACUCAGAGGAUGUGACAGUCUCUGGGAAAUAAGAUGAUGUUACCAUAUGGAUUUUAAAACAUAGAAUACUUGCAUGUAAUUGCUAUAAUGUGCAUUUUUGAGGCAGUUGUGAAACUGGUCUGUGAUUGUUGGUGUGCUCUGUUUAAAUCCAAGAAGAGCUUGUUGAAGUUUAUUUUUUUUUAACCUAUUGUUUCAGAGUGUCUAUUUUGAAUUAAAAUUUGUUAUACCACUGCAAA